AUGCCUGGCACAUGCUCCCUCCUCCAGUACGAACAGAGCGUUCCCCGCGUCCAGGUGAGCUCAGUCCUCAGCAAGCCCCGCUGCCCAGGGCCCCCAAGCCUGCACGGGGGACGUCGUCCCCACGUGCGAGGCGAAGAAAGGACGUGGAAAGGGGAAGAAGAGAAAAGAGUUGGGUCUGAAACCAGAGCUCACUUUGCUCGCAGUCAUGGGCUCGGCUCACCUGCCGCCUCCGAGCGUGCCGCCCCUGCUCACAGACGCCUAACUCCGGCAGCCAGCGAGAUGGAGGCGCUCGCCUGGCUCCUGCCCCCGCUCGUCCUGCUGUGCGCCCAGCAGCACAGAUGCACCAGAGCAAUGAAUGACAUUGGAGAUUAUAUAGGUUCUAAUGUGGAAAUAUCUUGGCUCCCCAAUCUGGAUGAUCUGAUGGAAGGCUAUGCCCGGAAUUUCAGACCUGGCAUUGGAGGUCCUCCUGUGAAUGUGGCGCUUGCCCUUGAGGUCGCCAGCAUUGACCACAUAUCGGAAGCUAACAUGGAGUACACCAUGACGGUGUUCUUGCACCAGAGCUGGAGAGAUGGCCGAUUGUCUUACAAUCAUACAAAUGAAACCCUCGGCCUAGACAGCCGCUUUGUGGACAAGCUCUGGCUCCCAGACACCUUCAUCGUUAAUGCCAAGUCAGCCUGGUUCCAUGAUGUGACAGUGGAGAACAAACUUAUUCGGCUGCAGCCCAAUGGGGUGAUUCUGUACAGUAUCCGAAUCACCUCCACAGUGGCCUGUGACAUGGACCUCUCCAAGUACCCCAUGGAUGAGCAGGAGUGUAUGCUAGACCUGGAAAGCUAUGGCUAUUCUUCAGAGGAUAUUGUGUACUACUGGUCAGAAAAUCAGGAGCAAAUUCAUGGCUUAGACAAGCUACAGCUGGCACAGUUCACCAUCACCAACUACCAGUUCACCACUGAGCUAAUGAACUUCAAAUCUGCAGGACAAUUUCCCAGACUCAGUCUACACUUCAACCUUCGGAGGAACCGAGGUGUCUACAUUAUUCAGUCCUACAUGCCUUCCAUCCUUCUGGUUGCCAUGUCCUGGGUCUCCUUCUGGAUCAGUCAGUCUGCUGUACCUGCCCGAGUGUCACUAGGUAUUACCACCGUGCUGACAAUGACCACGUUGAUGGUCAGUGCCCGCUCUUCUCUCCCGAGAGCCUCAGCCAUCAAAGCCCUGGAUGUGUACUUCUGGAUUUGCUAUGUGUUUGUGUUUGCUGCGCUGGUAGAGUACGCCUUUGCCCACUUCAAUGCUGAUUAUAUGAAGAAGCAAAAGGCCAAGCUGAAGGUCACCAAGCAGAGCAGUGAGGUCAAUGUGAAGAAUGCCAUCGUGCUCUUCUCCCUCUCUGCGGCGGGCAUUAAUCAGGAGCUGGCCAUUUCCCAUCGCCAACACAGAAUCCCUGGCAACCUCAUGGGUUCCUAUCGUUCAGUGGAGGUGGAGACAGGGGAAACGAAGAAGCAGGAAGGACCCGCAGCUGGCAAAAAGGGAGGCUUGAGGUCAUUUUUCAAGCCCAUAGAUGCUGACACCAUCGAUAUCUAUGCCAGAGCGGUAUUCCCAGCAGCCUUCGCUGCCGUCAAUGUUAUCUACUGGGUGGCAUACACCAUGUAA